AUGUCGGCGAAAGCUAUCAGCGAACUGUCUGGAAAGGAAGUUCGUAAUAGAAAGAGACAAAUGAAAACAUUGAUUUAUUUGCAGAUGCUCUAUCGCUUCUUCGAAGAGAACCCGAUGGGCUUUCCGGGACUUGUUAUUCCCAAGCCAAUGGUUCGUAUAACCUCCAUGGACGAUUUUAACGCGGCUGCGGAUCAAUGCGAUUGGCUUCGUCAUGAUCAGGUAGAUUGAAAAGUAAUCAAAAGAACACAAAGGUUCCGCAGGUUGGAGUUCUGAAGCCGGAUCAGCUUAUCAAACGCCGAGGAAAGAUGGGGCUAGUGAAAAUUGGCAGUCCCAAUGAGCUCAAAAGCUGGCUCCACGAGUUCUGCGGGAAGCUUUUCCAGGUAUUUUGCUACUUUAUUUUCAUAUCAAAGCUUUUUUUUAGGUCGGAAAAACUGAAGGGCGUUUGCAUACGUUCAUCAUGGAGCCCCUCGUCCGAUUCAAAGCGGAUGACGAAGUUUAUGUGGCCAUCUACAGUCAGCGAGAUGGAGAUGUCAUCCUGUAUCACCCAAAUGGCGGCGUCGACAUUGGCGACGUCGAGUCAAAGGUACGUUAUAGUGAUUUUUUUGCUGAUAAUUCAAGAAAGAAAUUCAGGCAAAGAAGAUUUUCAUUCCGGUAAAGAGCGAUUCGAUGAAAAUCGAUCAAAUGGAUCUCACUCAUGCACUUGGUUCGAUGAUAACGGACAAUAUCCAGAAGGCGACCGUCAUAAGACAGUUCAUCAACUGUCUCUACGAGGCCUACAAGGCUCUUCAUUUUACGUACCUGGAAAUUAACCCGUUUGGUCAGUUGUUAUUUUUCCAAAAAACUCCAACAUUUUUUUUUUGUAGUCGUCGAGGGUGACAAAGUCCACAUUCUCGACCUUGCCGCCAAAAUUGACGAGACAGCCAACUUCCUGUGCGGUGACAAAUGGAAAGGCCGUACUGGAAGGCCUGUCGAGAUGCCGGCUCCGUUCGGACGUGACUUGACCUCGGAAGUUCGUAUACAAAAAGGAAAUUGAUAAUAUUAUUCGUAUUUGAAGGAAAAAUAUAUCGCCGAAUUGGACGCUAAGACUGGAGCGUCAUUAAAACUGACAAUCCUCAACAGAAAAGGCCGUAUUUGGACUAUGGUCGCUGGUGGCGGGGCUUCAGUUGUCUUCACGUAGGAUUUUUCCAAGCUCAAAAAACAUAAAUAAAACAAUUUUCAGUGACACUGUCUGUGACUUGGGAGGAGCUGCAGAACUUGCAAACUACGGCGAGUACUCUGGCGAUCCGUCCGAAGGGCAAACUUUCGAAUACGCCAAAACCCUUCUGACAGUCAUGACGCAAGGCGAGCCUCGUCCAGAUGGAAAAGUCCUCAUCAUCGGUGGAUCAAUCGCCAACUUCACAAACGUUGCCAAGACUUUCGGGGUUUACAAUUUUGGAUAGCUGUUUUUCAUAUACUUCUUUCAGGGAAUCGUCACUGCUUUCGAACUUUUUAUCGACAAGCUCAAAGAGCACAAGGUCACCAUUUAUGUCCGUCGUGGCGGUCCCAACUACCAAGAGGGACUCCGAAAGAUCAAAGAUGCUGGUUGGUUUUUCUUUCUCAGUUUGAAAAUGAAAUCGAAAAAUGUUAAGUAAAUCUUUUUAGCGACCAAGCUCGAGCUCCCAAUCCACGUGUUCGGCCCUGAAACGCACAUGACAGCUAUUGUCGGAGCUGCUCUAGGGGUUCGACCGGUCCCAAGCGUUCCCACUGCUCCAAAGACAACCGGACAGUUCUUGCUCAGUCCUGAACGAAAUGUGAGAUUCUUUGAUGCGAAUUCCAAUCUUAUCUCUGAUUUGCAGACUGCCGGAACGGAAAGAGUUCCAACAUCGCCGGCUCCAAAAACAACAACGUUUGAAACAUUGAAAAAUUUUCUUUCAACAAAAAAUCCGGCGGGUCAAGAUAAGGUAUUUUUCAGUUUUCAUCAUUCGCUCAAUUUAUUUUCUAGGAAAACGACGUCAUUCGUGGACUCUUUGAGAACGAUACCAAGGCUGUAAUUUGGGGCCAGCAACAAAAAGCUAUUCAAGGGAUGCUUGACUUCGACUAUGUCUGCCGUCGGGAUCAACCAUCUGUCGUAGCAUCAACUUAUCCCUUCACCGGAGAUAACAAGCAGAAAUACUACUUCGGACAAAAGGUAAUUUGAAAAAAAGAUGGAAAAUUUGAUUAAAAGUCAUAAAUUAAAAAAAAAACUUUUUUAAGGAGAUCCUGAUCCCAGCUUACAAGUCAAUGAUGAAAGCUUUUGCUUCGCACCCAGACGCUAGCGUCAUGAUCACCUUUGCCUCGCUGAGAUCGGUUUACGAGACGGUCAUGGAAGCGCUCGAAAUCCCACAACUCAAAGUCAUUGCCAUCAUUGCCGAAGGAGUGCCUGAGAACCAAACCCGGAAGCUUUUGAAGGUUCAUCUCUCAAUAUUCUUCAAACCAAAGAGACAAGUUGUUCAGGUUGCCCAAGAGAAAGGAGUCGUGCUGAUUGGUCCAGCCACUGUGGGAGGGAUCAAGCCUGGCUGUUUCAAGAUUGGCAACACGGGAGGCAUGAUGGACAACAUUUUGGCUUCUAAGCUUUAUCGUCCUGGCAGGUGAGGAAAAUUUAAAAAUUGAAAAAAAAACUUCCAUUUUUAUUGAAUCUCAAUUAUGCUUCUUAUUUUCAGCGUCGCCUACGUUUCCCGCAGUGGUGGAAUGUCGAAUGAACUGAAUAAUAUCAUUUCACACAACACGAAUGGUGUCUACGAAGGUAUUGCCAUUGGAGGUGAUCGCUAUCCUGGAAGCACCUACGUGGAUCAUAUCAUGCGCUACCAAGAAGAUGACCGGUUUGAAAUCAUUUGAAAAAAGAUUUAAAUGCGAACUUUCAGAGUGAAGAUGAUCUUGCUGCUUGGCGAAGUUGGCGGCGUCGAGGAGUACAAGAUCGUCGAUCUUCUCAAGCAAAAGAAGAUCACCAAGCCUCUCGUCGCGUGGUGUAUCGGAACUUGUGCCGACUACAUCACCUCCGAAGUGAGUUAUCGUACAAAAAAUGUGAAAAAAAGCAGUUAUAAAUUUCUAGGAAAUUAUCAAACUAUCAAACCUGAGAAAUAAAAAAAUACGCUUAUAGGUUCAAUUCGGCCACGCCGGUGCUUCAGCUAACGGUUGCGGUGAAACCGCUUCUGCGAAAAACACUGCCCUGCGUGAAGCCGGAGCCAUUGUUCCAGCCUCUUUCGACGAUUUGGGCAACCAAAUCAAAGCCACUUACGAGGAGCUGGUCUUCAAAGGAAUAAUUGUUCCGGAACCAGAAGUUCCACCUCCAGCCGUACCCAUGGACUUUGCUUGGGCCAGGGUAAUCAGGCCAAAGCGAAAAUAUGGACAUUUGGUCUUUUCCAGGAACUGGGACUUAUCCGCAAGCCGGCCUCUUUCAUGACAUCCAUCUGUGACGAACGUGGGGAGGAGCUGAACUACGCUGGUGUUCCUAUCACUCGCGUUCUGGAGUCGGAGAUGGGGAUCGGUGGUGUCCUCGGUCUUUUGUGGUUCCAGGUAGACACUCGAAUUUUGAAAAGAUAGAAGAAACGAAUUUUCAGAAGCGUUUGCCAUCCUACGCCAACAAGUUCAUCGAAGUCUGCCUGAUGAUCACUGCCGACCACGGUCCAGCUGUCUCUGGUGCACACAACACUAUCGUUUGCGCUCGAGCCGGAAAAGAUCUGAUCUCUUCUCUCACCUCUGGACUUCUUACCAUUGUGAGGAUUUUCGUACGGAAGCAACUUAUUGAAGCAAACCGAUUGAAGUAAUCAUGGAGUUUUUAGUAAAAAUUAACCGCUUUUGAUGAAAAAUUUGCAACUAUCUCUCAUCUUCAUGAAAUUCAAAACUCCAGGGCGAUCGUUUCGGAGGAGCCCUGGAUGGUGCCGCUCGUCAGUUCUCCGAAGCCGUCGACAAAGGAUGGUCCCCGAUGCAGUUCGUCAACGAGAUGCGCAAGCAGGGCAAACACAUCAUGGGAAUCGGCCAUCGCGUCAAAAGCGUGUGAUUUCAAAAAUACUUCUCCAUUCCCAAUUUUUUUUCUAUUCAGAUCAACAACCCAGACAAGCGCGUCGAGAUCUUGAAAAAACUGGCCCAGGACAAGGAAAUCUUCAAACAAGAAACUCCACUUCUUCAGUUUGCUCUCGAAGUUGAGAAAAUCACGACUGCUAAGGUACGAUUAGAAUCUUUUCAAGACUUUAAAGAUUUAUUUACAGAAGCCGAACUUGAUCCUGAACGUGGAUGGAGCUAUCGGCGUCAUUUUUGUGGAUAUCCUGCGCCAAAGUGGCAUGUUCACUGCCGCUGAAGCACAGGAAACCAUCGAGAUUGGCACUUUGAACGGUCUUUUCGUUCUCGGUCGCAGCAUUGGAUUCAUUGGUGAAUAAUAUUCUAUAAUAUGGAGGACAUGAAGAUGAUGGAGAGGUAAAUUUUCACUUUCAGGCCACUACUUGGAUCAAUCCAGACUGAAGCAAGGACUCUACCGCCAUCCUUGGGACGAUAUCUCCUACAUCAUGCCAGAGAGCAACUUCGUGAGUUCUUCAAAAGUUGCAAACUGAGCAAAAAACACUAUAUUUCAGUGA